GCCUCGUUGCUAGCGUUGAUUCGCUUUGUCUGCCGUUUUAGGCUGUUGAACCACCACCCUGCCACUCUUAACGACGCCGCACGCUUGUUGUUCUCCUUCACACCACUCAACCACGACCCGUGCAUAAAGCGGACCUUCUUUAAUCUUCCCCUUCCCUAUCACAUCCUCCAGCACACUCUCUAUCCGGCUAGAAGAUGGGGAGAGCACCUAAAGCAAACGUCGUGCGCAUGUUCUCAUUCAUAUCAUGCGUGUCCCAAUAGACUGACCCCAACGAGCAGCCUCUGCAGGGGGCAUACGAAUGCUCCGAGCCACGUUGUGGCAAGAUGUUCCGGAACCGAAGUGAACUUAAUCGCCAUGAAAACAUACAUUCCAGAAACAAGCCGUACGAGUGCAAGGAUUGUGGCAUGAAGUUUGCGCAAAAGGGGCAGCUCAAAAAUCACACCAACACCCACACCGGAGAACGGCCCUUCGAUUGUAGUUUCUGCGGCGAGGACUUCAAUGACACGGCAUGCAAGAGUCGUCACGAGCGCGAGCAACAUUCGAACUUCGGCGGCUUCAGAUGCCCAGUACCGGACUGUGGCAAUGUCAACAAGCGCAAGGAUGGUUUCGCGAAUCACCUCAAGAAAUUUCAUGGCGUGAGCGACUCCUCGGUGGACCCGUGGCAGAACGCUGUCACGAUCGACGGAAGGUUGCUGGAUCCGACGAAGGGUCUUCACGAGCAGCUGGAAUGGGACGAGCCCAAGCUCUUCGAGGACGACGCCUCCGAUGCUGACGUGCCCAAGUCCAAGAAGGGGAAGGGGAAGAGAGCAGCGGCCCCAAGGAAGAAGCGUAGUACCGUCAAGCAAGCUGCGUCCGUCGAGGCUAGUGCCGCGGCCCCCAAGACGCGCUCGUCGAAGAGGCGACGGGCUGAUGACGAGGAUGAGGAAGGGGACGGGGACGAAGAAGAGUACAAGCCGACCACGCGUGCCAGGCCUGUCAAGCGGUUGCGGAAGAGUGCGCCAGUCGCUGGGCCGUCUUCCGCACCGGCCACCUCCGCACCCGUCGACGACGCCUUCGCUGGUCUCUACACCAUCUCUCCUCACAAAGAACAGCGCAACGGCGUAGAAGACUGGGGGGCUAUGCCCUCGACCUCGGCUCUGCAGGCGGGCGAGGCCCAGUUCUCGUUCGACAUGUCCACGCACGGAUAUGACCCAGCUUCUGGCACGGAUAUCGCGACGUCUUACUUCCCCCAGAACGCGCUCGGCCUGUCUAUUCCGGCCGAAUCUUCGACUUACCUCGGCUACUCGUCGACGCUUCCGGGGUUGUCUGUCAACCCUCCCCCGUGCCCGAAGUGGUUGACGAAUUCGGUCUUCUCAUCGGCGACGGUGCAGGUCUUGACCUCGCCAACUUUGACGCCUUCGCUCUUGGAUCAUCGUUCGAUGGAUCCGCAAAUUUUGGAGGUGACUAUGGGUCCUGGACAUCCUAUGUGGACCAUGCCACCAAUCCCUCCGCCACGGCCUUCUACGACGGACAGUAUCAUCAUGACACGGCGUAUGCGAUGGGCAGCGACCUCUUGUCAGCCUCCGGUCGUCGCCGCUCACGUCGAGCUCCCAGGGAUCGAGCCGGUCUCCUUCUCCCCUUGGGCUCGUUCCGGCACGCAACGAUUUCAGCGUCCGUCCAUCAGCAGCCUGGCGCGCGGACGAGCCAACGCGCAGCUAUGCCACGAGCACGCCAGAACGUCUCAUUCCCCAAUGACUAUACCAGUUCGAUGUAGAUUAGUGUAUACCCACGUCUAAUGUCUUACCUUCUCGGGUAGGUGUGUAGCGCAUAGUUUCCCAGAUCCCCUUGCUGUAUCCCUUAGCAUACACUGACUCAUGUUUACUGUGGGCCCUCGUCGGACGUUGCAUUCCCUGUAUAUUCUUUACGUUUUCGCUGUUCAUGAUAAUACCAUUGCGCUGGCUUGGCGCGGCGAUGCUGCUGAACAGCGCGUCGCCCAACCUGCCCGGAUUUUCCACCUG